AUUCAUCUCAUUCCAUCUGAUCGCGAACUGUGUACUUCCCACCUUCUAGGCUCUAUAUCGAGACUCAACCAAACCUUUCCUGCUACCACAAUGGCCGACUCUCCUGGCGAGCGACCGCCAUCCGAUGCCGAAGGGCUAGAUCGACCUUCAGAGAACGAAGACCAACUCGACGAUCUGCAUGAUGAGUUCGAUGAACCGUCAAGAGCAGAAGCUGCAGAUCCGGCAGAUCCAGACUCUGACGAUGAAUCCCUCCUCUCCGAAGUUGACGAAGCUCAGUUCGCAGACUUUGAUCCGACCGCUGUUCAAGUUGCACCUGAUUUUGAUACGCUCAACAAAGCCAUCAAAGUGAAGAAGCGAAAGAGAGCCGAUGGCGAAGAAGAGGCGCCCAAAAAGAAGAAAGAGAGAACAAGAGAGCGGGCCAGAACGAACCGUCGAAGACAAGACAGCGACGAUGGCUUUUCUGGUGGUGAACAAAUCGAGGGGAAGAGACGUGGAACGAAAUCAAAGCCAGACGGUGAAAAGAAACAGAGACCUAGGGUCGAGAUCGACGAAGAGGCUUUGAGUCCUGAAGAACGAAGACGACGCGCGCUAGACCGGGCCAUGGAUGCUGCUGUGAAGAAAUCUUCGGCUAAGAGAAUUCGCAAGGGUGAUAUUGAUCUUGAGCAAGCGGCCGACCAAGAAAUCGAAGAGAUGCGCAACCGCAUGAUCGCAGCGGCAGAGGCUGAUGGGGAGCUGGUUCGACAAGGGCUACCGGCGUCUCAGAAACUGAAAAUGCUUCCAGAGGUUGUCAGCUUACUGAAUCGCAACACGCUUGUUCAGUCUAUUUUGGACCCGGAGACGAACCUCUUGGAAGCCGUACGAUUCUUCCUCGAACCGCUCAGUGAUGGCAGCCUUCCGGCAUACAACAUCCAGCGUGAAUUGUUUGCAGCACUUGCAAAGCUUCCGAUGAAUAAGGAGACCUUGAUAUCUUCCGGCAUCGGUAAAGUCAUGUUGUUUUAUCGAAAAUCGAAGAGAGCAGAACCGGCAAUCAAGCGACAGGCCACGAAGUUGAUGGAGGAAUGGUCGAGACCAAUUCUGCAGAGAAGCGAUGACUACACGAAGAAGACUUGGGCGAGAGCAACUUAUGAUCCAACGAAGAGAAGAGAUGACCUUAGUCAACCAGCGAUCGUGCCGAAGGCAACAGCCAAGGUUGCGCCUGGUCAGAAACAGAGCAAUAGAGCGAGACUGCUACCAGGUGCCACGAGCUAUACCAUUGUGCCAGAGGUGUCGACAAUCGUGAGACGGUAGAGAGGAAUCUUGAGUUUACCACUGGGCGGCAGACAAGCGGGUGACAAGGAAUUUAUGAUCACUUUGCGAUGGUACUUCCACUUUCGGCGCUCUGCGAUGAUGCUUCUUCUUAUGGCGUCGAGGGGUGAUCUCUUGACCAAGGUCACAACAAUUCAGCUUUUUCCUUGCACCCAUUUCACAACAAUCAUUCAUAUCACCGCAUGGCUAUGAGAUGAUCCUUGACUGUUCUCUUCCACGCUGAAUGGUUGUACAAUAGCAAUCAAUCAGGGCCGGCUUUUCAUGAGGUCCCGUCCUUGUUGAUAACUCUUUCAAGUCGUUCAUCUCCAAAUACCGACACGUUCACAUCUUGCUUCUCUUGGAUAUUCACAGCAUCAGCACUGCGCAACUGGACAUUGCGGCCGCACAGCUCGUAGCAGCACUGUAAGAUGCACCAAUCUCUAUGUUUGGUAUUCCUUAACCAGUGCCAACAGCAGAACAUUGCCUCCUGUGCAGCAGACCUUUUCCGCCGCCAUUACAUCUACGGAGCUCAGCUCCGCGUGGCAUCGCCUGCAAAACAACAUCAAAAUGAACAAGAACACACAUCAACUCGGCAGCCCUUUUAGCUCUCCGACUUUGAGUACUGCGCUCUUCCCCUCUGCUGCGGCAAGUGGUGAUCCCGUAAGCGCGGCACCUCCUCCUGAAUCUUCUGCUGGUCGACCUGGACCUUCUGGCGCCGGCUCCGUCGAACAGGCAUCUCCUGUUGGAGAGUCUACAUCCGAUUUCGACGUUGCAGAUUGGUUUGAAAUAGACGUCGCUUCUUCAACUCCGCCACACCAGCCGGCUGCUGCGCAAAACGAGUCCUCUGAGGCGGACGUUACGGAUGGAGAGCCACCAACGAAGAAGCCCAAGCUUUCGGAGCAACCCUCGACGCCGGAGGACCGGAUCAUACCAUCGCAGGAUACGGUGCCGCCCUCAGCUCCAGGCAAGGCUUCCAAGUCCGAAACCAGUACCGUGUCUCCCGAUACUCCCACUCCACGUGCAGAUCUGGCGAAUGGAACCGAGGUAUUCCUUCUCGACGAGCAGGGAAACAGCGUCGCGUGCUCGGAGACAGUCCAGCCGCUUGGUUUACAUACCUUGCCGGUCAAUAGGGCUGACCCGAGUAGCGUCGGGAACCUGGAGAAUUCCGGUCGCUUCCAGGCGCCAUGCAUCUUUCUUGUGCUUGGCCGAUGUCCGCUAGCCGCAGCUGAAGGAAAGUGGGCGUACAAGAUCAUUCCGAAGAAUGGCAUUGGGCCAGAGAGAGUGGUUGCGCGUCGCGAGUUGUUGGUGCCGGUGCGCUUCCGACCUGGCGAUUAUGUGUACUAUCUUGAGGAUGGGGAGAGAUGGGAGGCCGUGGUCGAGGCGGUAGAGGUGUUGGAACGCCUGCGCCGCUACAAUGUCUACAUCACGCGCCAGGGUCAAAGUAAAUUCUUGGUUACGGACGACCUCUUGGAGAUCUACAGUGGCCAGGGCCUGGAUGCAUGAAGUGUGUUGGAUAGAUGGGGAAUUGGGUGUCUGUGUGGGUAGACAGUUAGUGGUUAGUUUGGCACCACGGUGCACGUCCAUCGCAAUCGAUGGGCAUAAUAGAACAAGUCAAACUGG